AUGGGAUCUCGCCUGGAAGAGACGUCAAAGGCGGUCCGCAAACGCAUCGAAAACCACACUUUCCAAGGUGAAGACGGCGAGGAAUACGAAGGGAGCAAGUUUGGAGGUUUCAGCGAUUACUUUCGCCGGAAAAAGCAGAAGCUACAGAACUUGGACGCACAAAUAAGAUCAGAGGCCGUCGAUAAGCCGCCCAUAUUCCGGGGCGUUGUGUGCCAUGUAAAUGGCUAUACCCAGCCAUCUUUGAAUGAUCUCCACACUAUGAUCGUGCAGCAUGGAGGCGGCUUCCUUCAAUACCUGGACGGCAAGACUAUGGUCACACACAUCAUCGCAAGCAAUUUGACGCCCAAGAAGAAGGAAGAGUUUAGACGGUAUCGAAUUGUGAAGCCUGCCUGGGUUGUCGAGAGCGUCAAAGCUGGCAAGCUUCUUCCUUGGAACGAAUAUCGUGUGCUGGAUGAGGGAGUUACGCAGAAGGUGUUGGGCUUUGACAAUGGCCAGGUGGUCAGUCAGGCCAAUCGACGGACGCAAGGAUAUCGAGAGCAGACGGACGCAAGUUGGUACACUAGCCAGCUGAAAGCCACAGCCGUUGAAGGGAAAGGAAAAGCUGCAUUCAAGUCGACGCAGCCUACAGCUGCGCCACCCGCCGAGGAGAUAGAUGAUGAGGACGAAUUUGGGUUGCCGGAGAUAACAAGCUCCGUCGAGGAGGCUCUGAGAGAGGCUGAGAGAAGUCAUUCUGAUCAAAGAAGCGAUGAUGCGAUACCCACUUCUCCGCCAACAAGCCCGCCAAAAAUACCUGAACCGGUUAAGGGCUCGGAGGUGCCAGAGGGAGUCGAGAACGAGGGCACCAAACAUCAAGCCUCUUAUCCCAACCCCGAAGCAUAUCAAGCGUCAAAACUUCAUCAAGAAUCGGCUCUGCUCCCGCGCCAAGGCUCUCAAGAACCUUCUUAUACGCAUUCUUUGAUUCGAGACUCCGCCAUUUUAAACUCAAUUCCACAAGCCGAACUCGCUGCAAUGACAGCAGAACAACACAACGCUCUUCUCCUUUCUGAUCCGAAGAUCCGUGCUUCGACAGUCGUGAACCCCGCAUUCCUUGAACAAUACUACCGCGAAUCUCGUCUCCACCACCUCUCGACCUGGAAAGCAGAUCUCAAAUCUCAGCUCCAAGCGCUCGCUGCGCAGGCGUCUUCCUCGCAGAAAGCCAGCGUCAGGCGCAAAGCAGAUGGCCGGAGAUAUGUCAUGCAUGUAGAUUUUGAUUCCUUCUUUGCAGCCAUUAGCCUGAAGAAAUGCCCCCCAGAAUGGAAAGCUCUACCAGCUGCGGUAGCUCACGGUGGCGGGUCUGGGUCUGAGAUUGCUUCGUGCAACUACCCUGCUCGCGAUCAUGGAGUAAAGAAUGGAAUGUGGAUGAAGAGAGCGCAGGAAAUGUGCCCAGAUCUGAAAGUGCUGCCGUAUGACUUCCCCGCGUACGAGGAUGCGAGUCGAGCAUUUUAUGCGGCGAUACUCGAGCUAGGAGGUGUCGUGCAGAGUGUCAGCAUCGACGAGGCGCUAGUCGACGUCUCGGCAUUGUGCGAUGGAGAAGAAGGAGAGCGCAAAGCUGAUGAGCUGGGUAAUCGAGUCRGGGCAGAGGUUUUGGAGAAGACAGGCUGUGCAGUGAGUGUUGGAAUCGGAGGGAAUAUCCUGCUUGCGAAGCUAGCACUAAGAAAAGCAAAACCAGCCGGGCAGUUCCAGCUCAAACCCGAUGAUGUCCUCGACUUCAUUGGAGAUCUAGAAGUGCAGCGACUGCCUGGUGUGGCGGGAAGCACUGGAGCCAAGUUUGAGGCAAUUGGCGUCAAGAUCAUCAAAGAUUUGCGGGCUAUAAGCAAAGAAGUCCUGUGUAGAACUCUGGGUCCGAAACAGGGCGCCAAGUUCUACGACUAUGCUCGAGGAAUCGACAAGACGGAAGUUGGCGACAGCGUCGUUAGAAAGUCUGUGUCCGCAGAGGUCAACUGGGGUGUACGCUUCGAAACUCAUCAGCAAGUGGAUGAAUUCAUGCAUGGUCUUUGUGGGGAGCUGAAUCGUAGGCUUGUGAAAGAGGGAGUCAAGGGAAGUCUGGUGACGGUGAAAGUCAUGAGGAGGGCAAAGGAUGCUCCGUUAGAUCCUCCCAAGCAUCUUGGACAUGGAAAGUGCGAUGUGUUCAACAAGAGUAAAGCCAUGGGCGUCGCCACAAACGAUUCAACUGUCUUGGCGAAAGAGGCGAUUGCCAUGCUUAAGAGCUUCGCAAUCUCACCCGGCGAGCUGAGAGGGAUUGGAGUGCAGAUGCAAAAACUUGAGCCUACCAAGCUUGGUGCUGCCGGAGGUGAUAAUGGCAGCCAGCGAAGAUUGCAGUUCAAUUCUGGUCCGGGGCCUGCUAAGGCGACAGAAGAUGAUGCGAUCCAGGAUGACAUAAGGACCCCAGAGAAGGCUCGUAUCCCUACUGCGAAUCGUCCCAGCGCUGCAUUCAAGCCUAUUGAACCGCCUAGCACGCCUUCGAAGAGGCCUCUCAACACAAUGGGCACGCAAUUUGUCAUGCCUACGCAAGUAGAUCCCGCGGUGCUAGCAGAGCUUCCCAUGGAUAUCAGAGCGAGAUUUGCGCAUUCUGCAUCAAAAAGCAAAAGAUCACUGUUCAACAACGCCGUCACAACACCUAAAGUGCCGAAUGCAGCGUCGGCUUUUACUGAAUCGCAAUUCAUCAUUCCCACACAGGUCGAUCCGGCUGUUCUCUCAGAGUUGCCUCCAGACAUUCGAGCCAGACUUACCAGGCCCUCGAAAUCUGAUCCUCAAAAUGCAAAAGAGAUGGCAGAUUCUGCCGCACGACCACAAUUGCCCGCCACGUUCCUUCCAACGCACUCACAGAUCGACCCGACCAUCCUCUCGGCGCUGCCCGAAGACGUCCGAAACGAACUACUCCAGCACUACAAGAUGGUUCCUACGAAGUCUCCUCAGAAACGACCGGAACAAGCACUACUUCCACAAUCGCCCCGCAAAGCCCGUACACUCCCACCACCACCUCGUCCAGUCGCGAAAAGAGGUCGAGGCCGCCCGCGUGGCUCGCUGAAUGUCAGCCGCGUAUCAAGGGAAAGCUCAUCGACUCUUACGCAAUCGAACUUCGUUGCUCGGCCCACGCGAUCAGCAGCAUCCGCAGCUGCGGACGAAGACGAGAUUCUUGAUCCAGAAGUCCUGGCUGCCCUGCCGGAAGAUCUGAGAGCGGAGGUCCUCGCGCAACAGCGUCAGGUGCGUUUACAGCGGACUGGUGGAAUUGAUACGAGUCUGUUCCAGCAGCGCGGAGCCAAAGCCAGGGCUGCUGCGACUGCGGCCGCGACUGCGACCUUGGAGAGACACGUUGUGCGCCUACCGCCUCGCGCGAAGCAACCUGUAUUCACCAGUGGCGGAUUAAAGGAGUUAGGAGACUUGAGACGUGCUGUCAGUGCGUGGUUCAAGGAGUUUGAGGAGGAAGGGCCUCAUGAGGAAGAUGUGGGAAGUCUAGCAACGUAUCUUAAAGCCGUAGUUACAGAAGAGAGGGAUUUGGAGAAGGCGGUGAAGGUUGUGGGAUGGUUGAGGUGGGUUGUCGGAGAAGGCGAUGGUGGAGAGGAAUGGCUAGAGGCUGUGGGGACGUUGAGGGAGGCGGUCAGCGGUGCAGCGAUGGUCAGAGGGUUACGGAAUGUGAGGUUUGAAUAA